AUGAAGUACGGAACUGCGUUGGCUGCCCUGGCGGGCGUCGCUUCCGCUCGUGAGGUGCCCAUCUAUAGCAAGAUGAUGAAGCGCGAGGUCCCCCAGGAACACUCGCACGAGGCCAUCCUCCGAGCCACCAACAAGGCCCUGCAGCUCAACAACCCUCUUCAGAUCCAGGACACCGUCUUCGCUCUUCUGGGCAACGCGGCUGCUGCUGAGGGUGCCCCGAACGUCGACAAUCUGGACUGCUUGCAGCAGAUCAUUGCCGACCAGGCCUUCACUAACGCAAAGGCUGCGGGUGACCUCGACGGCCAGACCAAUGCCAUUCUGUUCCGCGCCCUGGAGCGCAACACGGGCAAGGUUGGCCUGGCCAGCGUGCUCUGCAACGAGACCGCUACCAACCCUGAGAUUGCCGCCAUCUCGCAGCACCAAGACCCCGCUUCCCCUGAGGCUGCCAACAACGCGGACAUCGAACUGGCAGUUGCCAAGUCCCUGGCAUCGAUCGGUGCCGACCCCCUUCUUGCUCUCCAGAGCGCCACGUUCCCCCCUGGCGAGAUUGGUGACCCAACGGCCGCGGGAAAGACAUGUGAUGACCCCAACGAUGCCCAGGGCUGCAUCUUCACCCUGAACCUGCUCACCCCGGCGGUUACCGAGGCUGAGAUUCAGGCUGCUGUUGGCAACGCCAACGCAGGCAAUGGCAAUGGGGCUGAUGCUGGCAACGACGCUGGCAACGACGCUGGCAACGACGCUGGCAACGACGCUGGCAACGACGCUGGUGACGAUGCUGAUGAUGGAUGUGAUGCCGACGAUGGCAACGAUGCUGGCAACGAUGCUGGUAACGAUGCGGGUAGCGAUGCUGGGAAUGACGCUGGCGCCGAUGCCGGUGCCGGCGAUGCUCCCAGCGGCACCGUCAACGUCCAGGCCUUCACCGGCAGCCUCGGCGGGCCGCCGCCCCCGGUUGAGAGCACUGCGGGCGCGGACCGCCCCUUCUCGGUCAACGGAAACACCUUCCUGAACGCGGGCGCCGCCAUCCAGCGCUCGUGCGCCAUCCAGAAGAACGCGUGCGCCAACGCGGCCAACUCGGGCCAGAUCGCCGGCGGCGCCCAGCAGUGCGACGCCCAGGAGGACCAGUGCCGCUCGGCCAACAACCUGAAGAGGGCUCGCCGCGCGGCCGCGUCCCGUCGCCAGGCAGCUGCUGCUGGUGGUGCCCUCGACUUCGGCGGCUGCAGCAACCCGGCCAUCCAGUUCGCCGUCGGCCUGGACGGCCGCAAGGAGGCCAGCUUCCAGAACGUGAACACGGCCGACUUCAACCACGGGUCGGCGCAGAACAUCCGCAUUAUUGCCGACUUCACCUGCCAGCAGCUGCAGAGCUCGUGCAAGGCUUCGGAGGAGACGGUGCAGACUUGCCUGCAGGCUUCCCAGGCUGCCCAGGCCGCCUCCGGGCAGGCUGCGGCGGAUGCUUUCAACUCCGCCCUCGGUGUCUUGGCUGAGGAGCAGGUGUGCCAGGGGGGCGUCUGACAAUGAGUGGAGGUUGUUGUGUGGAAGGAACUGAAUACCCAACUUUUGUAGUGCAAUUUGACAUGAUUGGAUUGGGGUUUACUCCUUUGCUUUGCAAGUUUGACCGCAAGCUGAAGCUAGCGCAUGAGAGCAUUUGGGUAUGACUUGGAUGAAUAGUAUCUCAGAUGUGUGCGUGGUCUUGCGAGGCAUGUUCUUUCUGGCAGAUAUCAGAGCGAUGAACCCUGCCUGCACUGGGGUAUCUGUGUUUUGUGGUAUGCUCACACGAGUGUUCUUGAAGGCUAGCUAGCUAGACCGCGUAAUAGCUUGCCAUGAAUACCAACAGGACAGGCGGGACCGACGG